CAUCGGUACAGUGUGUGAGCCAUCGCCCUGUUAACGGUGUCAUGGCGGUUUGAGUUGUUGAAAUCUUUUUUUUUUGCAAUAACUUCCAAGUUUAUGUGCUUUAUAACGAACUAAAUAUUGAUUACGGUCAAUAAAAUCACGCGACACAAAAUAGAAAAUAAUGCGCGAAUACAAAAUAGUAGUGUUAGGUAGCGGAGGCGUGGGAAAGUCCGCCCUCACAGUACAGUUCGUACAAGGCAUCUUCGUGGAGAAAUACGAUCCCACAAUCGAGGACAGCUAUCGGAAACAAGUGGAGGUCGAUGGGCAACAGUGCAUGCUCGAAAUCCUUGACACGGCGGGAACGGAACAGUUCACGGCGAUGCGGGAUUUGUACAUGAAGAAUGGGCAAGGAUUCGUGUUAGUAUAUUCUAUCACGGCACAAUCGACGUUCAACGACCUGCAGGACCUGCGGGAACAGAUCCUACGAGUGAAGGACAAGGACGACGUGCCAAUGGUGCUGGUGGGCAACAAGUGCGACCUGGAGGCCGAACGAGUCGUGGGCAAGGAGCAGGGACACAACCUCUCGCGCCAGUUCCAAUCUUGCGCCUUCAUGGAGACCUCCGCGAAAGCCAAGAUCAACGUGAACGACGUGUUCUAUGACCUAGUACGACAAAUCAACAAGAAAUCUCCUGGCCCGCCGGGGAAGACCACUAAGAAAUCUGUUAAGUGUACUCUCUUGUAAGGCUUGAGUCCCUGGAGCCUCCGACGCAACUAGGUAUAAAACAUUUAAUAAUUUGAAAGACUUCUCGAACCUAAAUUUGGCUCUUGUGGUUCCGAAAGUUAACUAAACUGGGUGGGUCGAGUGUUGUUACUUGGUUGCCUAUAGCAUUUUAAAUGUGCAUUUGUUGAGCUAUAACAUGACCAGUGCUAUAGCGCGAGUGGAUAAUGCACAGAAUAACGCAAAAUUAAUACAAACUCCUAUCCUGUAAAUGUGUAGUUACACUUUUUGAUCUAUGUAAAUUAGGACAAGUAUUCAAAUAGAUUCUGUGUGUUUCACUCUAGAAAAUUCCAAUCGUAAUGUGUGGAUGCUGAUAGGUUCAGAAGUUAACAAGUCUAGUGCUGUUAUUCCAUUAACCCGUGCAUUAAUCAAGCUGCCGGGGAGUGCAUGCUGAUCACAAUCUAUUACAAUAGUAUCCUGGCGGAAUAGAUACAAGGAUUACUUUCAAUCAAAGAGGAAAAACUAUAAUGUGACUCGUUUUCAAAUGAAUCACCAAAAAGUAAUUAUUUGGAUUAUAUUUCGAUCUGUUGGGAAAACCUUGUGAUAGAUUGGUACAACCUGAAAAAUGGUUAAUCUUACCAUGUAUAAUAAUGUACAUUUUUAACAAUAGAAAAAUUAUUUAACAAUAGAAAUCAACAUGCACUCCUCAGCAAUUUGAAUUUAUAAUCUCAAUUUGGUCAAGAUUCUUUCAUAGAAUAGAAUGAAUUUUGUCAAAUUUAGUAUGCUUUAAACUUGUGAAUCAUGCUAUGUGCAGACAGUCUAGUCUCGUCAAUUACAAUGAACAGGAAAAGCUACAACGGCCUGUAUUUGCCAUAAGAUAAACACUCAAGGGCAGUGACAUUGUAUUAUAGUACAGGCACAUGUUUUAUUAUUUAAUUAUGAGUUUGGUAGACUUGUGGGCAUAAGUGUAAAUGGAUUAACAUCUUAAUAGCAAUAAUAAGUGCCACAUAUUAGUGAAAAUUGGUCAUAAGUAUGCCUCCACUGUCUGGACCUAGCAUAUAGUAUAACAUAAUUUCUAGAAUAUUGUUCUAAUAGUACUGAGUAAAAUAACAAAUGGAGCCUGACUUCUGAACGGCUAGGUGAUGUGAGCCAGGCUAUGAGGGGCUGGGACAGCCCAUGGGCCUGAACCAGUGUGUAAUGUUUAAAUAAUUAAGGAUACAUUAAAUUUUUCAGAUAUAUUAUUGUCUUGUUAUAUAAUUCAAAUGUAUCGAAGGAAAAGUUGAAGUGACACCAUGCAGAGUUGGUGACUGGAACAAAUAUUGAUUAGUGAGCCUUAGCGAGCAUGCGGCCCUGCCGCACUGCCAGAUCUAUAACCCCUUGCUCUAGGAAAUUGAACUCUAAAAUUAAUUGUUAUGGAAGAUGGGAUAAAGUUUUAUGAUUACCAGCUCAUUUAAAUGUAAUUACCGACCUAUGUUUUGCUUCUAUGGAACUUUGUUAAACAUACUAAUUAUAGGUGUUCAAAUAUUGUUACGGAAUUAGAUGUUUCCUCCAUUCUCAUUUCUUUACAUUUAAGGUUACUGCACAAGGAUAUUGGUAAUGACUUCGAUCUGAGUUGAAUUAUAUUUUUUAUAUAUAUUGUGCAAAUUAAGAACUUGUAUAUUUUUAUCUUUUCAAUCAAUAAUCGACUUGUACAAUAACUAUUAAUUUCUUUUUUUGCAAAUUUAUCAAUAAAACCGAUUUUAAAUUUA